AUGGACCGCUUCAAAAAAUUCUCUCUCUCAGAAAAGGAAAAGGGGGGUAAGGAGCUGGGGAAUCGACAUACUCACAAAGAGGUGGAAGAGGGCAAUCGGAGUUUGGUCGGUAAGAUUUUUGGGGAGAGAAAGAUGAAUUUCUAUGGGGUUAAAAAUGCCAUGGAGAGGCCUUGGCGUCAAAGAGGAUUGAUGGGAGUGGAGAAGAUCCAGACUAAUACCUUUCAGUUCAUCUUCACCAGAUCUGAAGACAGAGAGGCUAUUCUGAGACAGCGACCUUGGUCCUUCGACAGUCACUUCCUGGUGCUGCAAAAAUGGGAAGAGGAAAUGGAUUAUGACGCGGAAUCUUUUAACUUCACUCCUAUUUGGGUGCAGAUCUGGAACGUAUCCAGGCACUGGGUGUCGCGGAAAACGGGCCUAGAGCUGGGAGAGUUGAUUGGUGAUGUAAAAGAUGCAAUAAUUCCAGAUGUGAGUGGAACGGAGUAUAGACACAUCAAGGUCUUGGUCGAGAUGGAUUUGCGCAAACCCCUGGAGAGGGGAACAAUGGUCAAAUACAAAGGCCAUCUUGAAAAGGGUUGUGAGACUAGGGCUUCUGAUUUAGAGAUGAACAAACUAAAAGAAGGGCAAUUUGGCCCUUGGCUGAGAGCGGGGUUUUGGAAAGCAGAACGUAGGGAGGCAUCAACAAAAAAGAAGGAGGAAGAUGGAGCAAAAGGGGGAGGAUUGAUGGAUGCUAUAACUAUUAAUGGGCAAUUUAGUGGGAAAUGGAAGAAGAGAGCUAGAGGAGGGGUGGAAAACCAGAUGAUUGAAGGGGAAUGUCAAGAUGAAGCAUUUGUAGAUGGGUUGGGUAAAAGAAACAGAUUAAUGCUGGAGAGAAUGACUGAGAUGCAACAGGAAGGGAACAAGAAAAUAAAGCAGGAUAGGGGGGAGAAAACAGAAUGGGGCCUAAACCCCAGCAGCAAUGUCAAACACCAGGACUUUAUAUUUAGGAUGGGGAUGGAUGAAUUACAGUUUGAAGGAAGGGAAUGGACAUGGGCAAAGAAUAGACGAGGGGAGGGUUACAUUGAAGAAAGGUUGGAUAGGGUUUUUGGGUCGGCUGGUUGGUUGUUGGAAUAUCCUUUAGCUAGGGUAAUUCAUGUUAAGAGGCAUGCCUCAGACCAUUGCCUAUUGUUUAUGGACUUGAGUCCAGUAGUGCAGAAGAGAAAAGUUCGUUUCUGUUUUGAUAGGAGAUGGUUAAACAAGGAAGGUAUCAAAGAAGCAGUAGAAAAAGCCUGGAACUCUUAUUGUGAAGGGUCACCAAUGCAUAAAGUGGCCGCCAAGAUAAAACUGUGUAGGAUGGAACUUUUGAAGUGGAGUCGAGGACAAGCCCUGAAUUCUGAGAAGGCUAUUAGGAGUAUUACCCAGGAGAUGGAUCAAAUGAAAAGUCAAGAAUCUGAGAAGGAGGGUAUGGAAGUGGAUGGGAUCUGUAGUACAUGUGGGAAUGAAGUAGAAGAUUUGGAACAUGUUUUGUUUCACUGUACUCAGGCCAGAAGGGUAUGGCUACUAGCUCCAGUGAGUUGGGAAGGUAUGCAACAGAGAACCAACAAUUUUGCUGAUUGGUGGGAAGGACUGAUGGGUGCAACACAGACUGUGGAGUUCAUGAGAAGGGUGGAAUGCACUGUUUAUAUAUUAUGGCAUUUGUGGAAAUCUCGGAAUGCAUGGCAAUUUGGGCAAGAAAGAACAGAUGCAUGGUCUCUGGUGAAACGAGCAGAAGAGGAAUGGCAAGAGGCUGGUGUAGGUUAUUAUGCUCGAAAGGAAAAUGGUGAACUUUUGGUAGUUGUGGCAGACUCAGUUGAUUUUGUGCAGAACUACCUGGCAGCAGAACUAAUAGCCAUCAGAAUGGCUAUGAUGGAAGCUCAGAGAAGAAGAUUUCAGAAAGUGGAAAUCCAGAUAGAUGAGAAAACUAUGGUAACUUGGUUGCAGGGAAAAACUAUCUCUGUUUCAGAUGUAAGCGCCAUAGUUGACGACAUCUUUUUGGUAAAACUAGAUUUUGAAUGUUGUAAAUUUGUAUUCAUUAAAAAACAGUGA